GGCGAGAGUUGACCAUCCAAGAGUCGCAACGAAGCCGGACGGCCCGCUCUAAAACACCUGCCAAGACACGCCGCCCCAGCUUGAGGAGGAAGAAGAUACCAAAACGCCCUCGCGGCGUCGCCGUCUGUUAUAUUACGUGUUUUUGUUUGGUCUUGUAGGGAAGAGUGUCUUCUUCUUUUUUUUCUUACUUUCUUUUCUUUCCUCUCCAUCCAUGGUGAUUCUGUGUUGGGUGUUCUGGACCCUCUUCUUACCUUCUGUUCCGGUCCCUCGUUAAGGUCAACUUUCCACGACAAUGAUAUCGCUAUGGUGGAUCGUUCCCUUUCUGUUCAGUCGCAAUGUCGCUGCUCAGAUCGCGGACGACGAUCUGCUCACUUUUAUUACUCGGCCGGAGAUCAGAGCGCCCAAAUUCGACAUCACAUACCAUGACCGACGCCUGGUGACGCCGGGAUAUUGGUUCGUCGCCCCGUAUACCGUCCUGGAGAUGGAACCUCCGACCAAGAAGUGGAUGCCGUGCCAGGUUGGCCCGCAUAUCUACGAUGGAGAUGGGAAUCUGGUCUGGUCUGGGUCGUGUCUGUUCGAGAAUCGGAAUACAUUCGAUUUCAAGGCGAUCGAUAACAUCGAUAACAAUACUCAUGUCUCCUUCAUUGUGCAGCAAGGUUAUCAGCAGCACGGCGACAAAAAGGGCGGCGCCAUCGUUCUCGACGGCCGUCUCGAGUACGAGGACGUGGUUCCGGUGACUAACGACCUGGGAGCGUUCGAUAUCCAUGAAUUCAAUGUGUUGGAAGGUGGAAAAACCGCUCUGGCCACUGCGUACAGACCGGAGUUUUUGGACUACGGUGAGCUUGGUCGCCCAGAUGACCAUGGAUGGGUGCACACCGGAGGCUUCGUCGAGUUGGAUGUCGCGACGGGAGAUGUCGUCUACGAAUGGAGAAGUCUUGGGCACAUCCCACUGGAGGAGAGUACUUUCCCCAGUCCCGAGCCCCCGGUCAUGGAUCCUCCCGGCUGGGAUUAUAUUCACGUCAACUCCGUCGACAAGAACGCCGAUGGAGAUUAUCUUCUCUCCUGCCGCUUUACUGAUACCAUCUACCUCAUCUCUGGAGCGACUGGAGACAUCAUCUGGCGACUAGGCGGCAAAUGGUCGAAUUUCGAGCUCAUCGACUUCCGUUUCUAUCGACAGCAUCACGCUCGAUUCGUCGAACACAACAGCACCCACACAACGAUCUCAUUCCUGAACAACGCCUCGGACGAGCAGUCCCAAGAUGACAUCCGCUCGUCGGCUCUCAUCGUCCAGCUGGACACGGUGAACAUGAAAGCCACCGUCGUCCACCGCUACGGCCGCCCGGACGGAGGCCUGUCACGACUCCGCGGCAAUGUCCAGCUGCUCAAGAGUGGAAACAUCUUCGUUGGAUGGAGCGAGCAAGGCUACCACAGCGAAUUCACCCCGGACGGAACCUGCGCCAUGGAAGCUCGCUUCACCUCGGACCGUUACUCGACCUACCGCGCGUACAAAUACGACUUCCACGGCCGUCCCGCAGAACCACCAGCCCUCAAAGCCUUCGUCUACGGCGCCAAGGACACAGACGUCUCGACCGUUAUCUACGUCAGCUGGAACGGCGCAACUGACGUCGCAUCGUGGAACUUCUUCGCCCAAGCCGACGCUGCCAGUCCCCGCGUCCUCAUCGGCAACGUCCCCUACGCCGGGUUCGAAACCAUGUUCAUCGCCGACGGCUACAUGAACUGGAUCUCCGCCGAACCCCUCGACGCAGACGGAAACCCCAUGGGCAUGUCCGACGUGCACGAGAGCUCCGUGCCUCCAGACUGGGCUGCGGCCGGCUACCACGCCGACAACCGAAUCCCCGUCCCUGAAGACCCCAUGGCCGUCACCUCGUCCGAGCACGAAGAAGAAGUCGAAGACAAGGAAGAAGCCCAAAAGGCAGCCGACAAAGCAUACGACUUCGUCGGCGGUAUCGGAGGUCUCUUGAUCUUUGUCCUCGUCGCUUGUUCCGCCGGCGGCAUCGUGGCUUGUUUCUCAUGUUGUCUGAAACGACGCACUAGACGAUCAUACGCUCAGAUUCCCUUGGAGGAAACUGUCCCUACUACACCCAUGGCGGCUGAUACUCCUGCUCAGCAUUAAAAAAGAAAAGAAAAAAAGUCGAAGACAACAAAAAGAGAAAAACCAAAGCAAAAAGAGACGCAGGGCUGGAACCAGUAAUAUCAUAUCAACUCACUUAUAUGCAUAGACGAGGCGUGAAUGGCGUUUUUUUUCAACAUACCAUCUUACCACCUAUCUAGCUAUAUAUACCUAUAUUCUUUCCCUAUUUAGCUACAGAGAGGUGCGGGGGUAUCAUCUUGAGAGUUAUUAACGGGCCUUUUUUAUAUCCUUUUCUUUUUCUUCGAUGUGUGUUCUGUGCGUUUGUAUCUCUAUGUCUAUGUCUAUGCAUUGUAUUAUCAUGCUAUCACAAUGUAUAUAAGUUAAGUUAACUGGUCUGGAUCGGAUCGGAUUAGAACUAUCUCAAUAGUAUAUUGAUGUAUCAU